AGGUUACACACGCGUCGCCUCAGGUUCCCGCGCCGGCAAACGUUUCUUCCUUGUACGGUCGAUUUUAUAAUUUCCGUCUCUUCGCCUCGUGGCAACGACCUCUUCCGUUGACACCCAUCGCACCAGCAAAGGUUUUACUUUCCCACCUCAUUCCAACAUGAAGAAGACACAAAAAUCCGCAUCUCCAGUUGCGGCUUCCAAGCUGGACAUCGUCGUGCUCGGCGCCACGGGCUUCACUGGGCGCCUCACCUGCCGCUAUCUGCUGCGCAAGCCCGAGUUGAAGGGGCACUGGGGCAUCGGCGGCCGCAGCCAGGAAAAGCUCGACGCCCUCAAAAAAGAAAUUGGCGCGACGGACGUGCCGACUUUUGUGGUGGAUGCGACGAUCCCCUCCACCGUGGACGCGGUAUGUGGCAAGGCGACGUGCGUCAUUGCGUGUGCCGGGCCCUUUACGCAGGUGGGUAUGCCUGUGGUGGAAGCCUGCAUGCGCCACGGCACCCACUACGUCGACUCCACCGGUGAGUUUACAUUUGUCCGGCAGGUGAUUGAGAAGUACCACGACGAGGCGACAAAGAAGAACAUCACCAUCGUGCCGUGCUGCGGCUUCGAUUGCGUGCCGGCGGACAUCGGCAACUUCGUCGUCCACCGCGAGGCUGGAGAGGCGCUGAAGGUGGUGAAGGGGUAUUUUGACUUGAACACCGCCGGCGUGUCGAACGGCACCAUCAACUCGGUCUGUGCUGUGAUGGAGAACAUGGCGAAGGAGGACUACAGCCCGCUCUCGCUGGUGGCGAAGGACGCCGUGCAGCCGACGGCGACACCGGCGCGUAGGGGCAUCUGGUUCGAGAACGGGCGCUUCACGGGCUUCCUCAUCAGCGCCACAGGAGACGAGCGCACGGUGCGUCGCAGCAACAGCCUUCUGCGCUCCUCUGCCGUGUACAUGCAGGCAUCGCAGGGUUCCCUCCUGCGUGUUGUGGCCUCUACGCUGGCGUUUUACGUAGUGGGCAUCGUCCUGGCCAUUGGCCCGCUGCGCCGCUGGUUGGUAGGCCGCUACUUCUCCGGUACGGGCGUCGGCCCGGCUGAUCUGACGAUGACCCGCUCGAACUUCCACUGCAGCUUUGUGGGGCAGACGAUCUCUGGCAAGCAGGUGGAGACGACGCUGACGGCAAAGGAGGACUGCUACACCGCCACAGCCGUCUUCCUCGGCGAGAGCGCGCUGAGCGUGCUGGCGCUCGCCCGCAAGAAAAAGCUGAAGGGUGGCGUGCUGACACCUUCUGCGGCCUUCGGCGACGAGCUGGUGCACCGUCUGCGUGACUCGGGCAUGGGCAUCGAGACGGUGAUUAUCGGCGGCUCAUCCAGCGCAAAGAAGGAGAAGUGAGAUGGACGCAUAGCAGGCAUGCUGGCCGUGUCAAAAGAGAAAGGAAUAAGGAGCUGUCGCCAAUUUAUGUGUGACUGUUGACGAGGAAAAAGAACGCGCUCCGCCUUUGUUUGGCCCUCUCUCACUCUUUGCCCGGCGUCUGGAUGACUUAUUUAAUAUUUGUUUUUAUUUUUCCUGUAACCAUCAUCAAAAACGUACAACAACUGUCGUGUAAUAGUAGUUAUAUAUUCGAGGCAAACAUUUUAUUUUAAGACAAGUGCGCUUCAUUGCGGUGGAAGAGAGCAGCUGGACUGACGGCAGUGUCACAAGCUCUCCCUUCUCUUUUGCUGCGGUUCUCUGGAUCGUGUUGUGAAGUGUCGCCGCGUUAUUGUUCGUUAGUAUCAGAGUAGCUAUUAUUAUUUCUGCAAC